AUGAGACAGUUUUGCACGCCGCCGAUUAGUGUGUCGAGUUAUGAUGUCGCUGAAUCGAUUCAGGAGUCGUAUAAGACCGGGGAUGAUCGCAGCAUGGGGGGCAAUAAAGAGGUUUCUGUGAAAUUGCCCGUUGUUGAGUCUCCAUCCAGAGAUCUUCCGCAGAAGCAGGAUGCCUUUAGGUCUAGGAGUCUCUCGGGGGACGUCGCUUUAACCCCUGAAGAGAUCAAUGAAACUUUGCAAAGCAUCGAGGAACUGCCGAACGAACUGCUAAGUAUGGUGGAGAAGUUUAUUGCAGAUCUGAAGCAGCCCAAAUACGUGAGACCACUAAGUAUCCUACAGCUAGCGUCGCUGUUCCAAACGUUCUACAGUAAAUUCGACAAGACAUCGUUCCAGUAUCUGUCGGACAUCCCUAUAACUAGUACAGGAAGUUUCUUGAAUGCGAGGGACUCACUGAACACCGGGUUGAGUGGUAUAUUUGCCCGGAGCAGGAGUAACAGCGCGAACACGUCUGCAUCGGCAAGAGCAAGGAGAUCAUCCUCUUUAUUCAGUGUGGACUCGAACCCUAAUGGCUGUCUGCCGAUGUUAAGCCCAGAGGAGAUCAACAGGCAACUAAGAACCAAUACUUUGAAUAAUGUGAGAAUUGACAAGUAUAUGGAGCUGUGUGAGGGGGCUGUCUUUAAGAAGUUGCUGGAGGUUGGCACUUCGGUCGCGUCGCCAAUAAAGAAAAGUGGUUCAACUCAAUCUUUGAACUUGCAAACAGGUAAAGUACAGCAUAUGGAGGAAUUCAACAUUAGAACUUUGUUUAGAAACACCCCCGAAUUUAUCGAGUACGAUAACUUGAUGAACGAGAGAAUCAAGUGCCUCCACAGGCUUGCGACCACAGGAAAAUUGAAUUUGGUGAAGUUCUUGGAUAUACCCGUCAACAUGGAUUUAAACAACAAAGAAACGACAGAAAAGGUAAAGACCCUCAUGAAUAAGCUCAUAUACUAUUCAGUGCCCCCCUGUGACAAGAUCAAAAAACUGUUGAAACUGCACAAGACGCUGAUGGUCGAGUCAAAGGCUAUGUCCAAUGACGAGUUCCUGUCCAUGCUGUUAUAUUACAUUAUCAUCUUGAAACCGAGGAGGAUAUUCCUAAACGAGGAGUUCAUUAAAAUGUUCAGGUACAAGAAGAAACUGGUCGACAAUGAAAUAUACGCCCUAACAAACCUUGAAGCCGCGUUGACUUUCUUGGGGGAGUUGACUUUAAGUGAUUUCUCCUCUGAGUUGACUUCGAGUUUGACACGCCAGGAACACCACUUGUUUGAACAACGGUUGAGCGAACGGAUUUCGCUGCCAUCAAAUAACAAUAAGAAACUACACCGUAGUUCAAGCUCGCUAAGCAUAACGGAAAAUCAAUAUUUCGAGUCAUCCGGCGUUGGGGAGGAAAGAGAAAAAAACAACUCCUACAAUGCACUUAAAACUGUCUUCGACUCAUCGUUAAAGAAUAUAAUUGGGAAGAUGAAAUCGUAUACACCGCCAACAUCGACCAUCACUGUUCCAACUAUCGACUCUUUGCAAGACACAGACUUGACAGAAACUGUGGAGUCCGGUAAGGACUCUCCAAGUAAGCUGAGUCGGGUGGGAAGCAAUAACGACACCUCUAUGACAUCCUUCCCGUCGUCGAACAACUCAAUACUACCGGAAUGGAAAAAAUAUAGAGAUCGACAGUUUGAGGACUUGACUGUUUACGAACUAAAGGAGGUGUUCACGCUGUAUCAGAAGCUGACCGGUUAA